AUGUCCUCACCAGCGGCCCCUCCAUCCCUCGCCGUCCGCGGCGGCCCCUCCGACCCUAAGGGCCGGUCCCUCCACACAACCAGCCCGGCGCCGGCCCUCUCCCGCCUCGCCACCUACUCCUCCCCGAUCCUCGCCGUGCCCACCGCCGCCGCCUCGGCCACGACCUGCCACUACUGCCUGCGCGCCUCCCUACCGGGCGACGGCCAGCUCAGUCUCCUGCCGUGCUCGGCCUGCCGCGUGGCCAGGUACUGUUCCAAGGCGUGCCAGCGCGCCGCCUGGAAGCUCGUCCACAAGGUCGAGUGCCCCGCCCUCGCCGCCGCGCCCCCGGUCGGUCCAGGGGAGAUGGCUAGGGUGCUCGCGGCGAGGGCCGGGGCCGAGGGGAGUGGAUUGGCGGGGGAUGUCGCGGGCAGGUUUGCGGUUGCCAUGUGCAAGCUCUUGACAAACAUGUUCAACGUCCACGAUCCUGACAUUGGCUACGAUGCCGUGUUCCUGGAUGGCGGUCUCGCCAUGGUGAACCACUCGUGUCUUCCAAACGCGAGCGCCCACAUUUACGGCCGCACCGCCCUCCUCGUGGCGGACCAGCCUAUUGCCGCCGACGAGGAGAUCACCAUCUCUUACAUUGAUACUUCAUACCCUCUCGCCCACCGCCGGCAGGAGCUGGAAAAGUAUCAUUUCGUCUGCAAAUGCCCCCGCUGCCACUCCGACCUCAACGUCUAUGAAGCCGCCCGCCUCCUCCCCUCUGCCGUCUCCAAGGCCAACACCUUCGCCAUCACCCACGACCCGGACCUCUCGGGACCCUCCACCGCCAGCAGCUCUGCCACGAAAGGCACAAAGCUCCAGUCUACCAUUUACGAGGCCCUCGACGCCCUCCCGGAGCCCGCCGCCGCCGACGACCGCGCUCACCUGCGAAAGCAGUUCGACGUCUGCGCGCCCCUGAGGCGACGGCGCCGCACCUUGGGCUGCGUCCCCGCGACCGCGGCUGUCGACAUCGACGUCGAUGUCCUCGUGGAUCUGGAUGCCGUCGCUACGGCGCGCAUGGUCUUCGACAUGCUCGCGCACUACGCGCCCAUUACUCAGCUGGAAGGGUGGCCGCUCGACCUCCAGAUCAAGCAGGGCCUCGAGGCGGUCAGGGGUAUCCCCUGGGGCGUGGAUGGGGGUAUCAAGGUCAUGGAGGAGUGGGAGCGCAGGGAAGGCGGGGACGAGGCGUGGCUGGGUAUCUGGAGGCGAAUGGUGCAGCUUUUGGAUGGAAAGCUCCGGCAUUGGGGCUAUGGAAACACAAUCGACCGAGACGAAAGACGGGUCGGACCGCCCCUAAAGCGAACGACACCCCAUGACGUCGAUCCCACUCUUGACCCUCACUCGACAGAGGCGAACGCGGCCGCGGCCGACGAUGCGGGCUGGGAAACAGUCCAUCGCAAUAAGAAGGCGAAGAAGAUGCCUCGCAAGGAUAAGAAAAAGUACCCGUCCAUCGACUUUUCGCAGAAUGCAAAGCUCUAUAGCAAGGUACGCGUUGCAGAUCUCCGAGAUCUCAUUCUAUACAUAUUCGCCGACGGCAUUGCUCCUAAGUGGGUGUCGGUGGCGAACCGGGGCCAAAUCCGAAAGAUUGUCACCAUCAUGGUUCCGGGCAUCGAGGAAACCAUGUUCAAGCCCAACGUCGACUUUUCCAAUUUUGACGCCUUCGUCGCCAAGCAAAAACCCGUGGUCGACGAGGAUGGUCUGCCGUCCCCCGACGCCUUUUACCCCCGCGCGCUCGAUACAGAGAGCCUCCACUCCGCCGUGAAGCCCUUUGCCGACAUGUUCACCCCCCCCGGGUUCAAGGAUGAGAGGACAAAGGUAACGGAAUUCUUGACCACGCCCGACGAACUGGCCGACAAUGGCUACCUGCUCCACCCCGCGUUCCUCACCACCGCCAAGGCGAAGGCGUCUUACACCUUGCCUGAAGGCUGGGUGGCCACCAAGGUCGACAGCAUCGACGACGCCGUGGUCGACGAGAGCGAGAUCGAGGAUGGGAGCAACGAAUUCUCGCUGGCCAGGAUCAGCGUGGUGAGCUGGGACGGCGAGGUCGUGCUCGACAAGCUCGUCAAGCCCGACAAGCCCAUCACCAAUUAUGUCACCCAGUUCUCCGGCAUCACCGAGGCCAUGCUCGAGCCCAUCACUACCACCCUCGCCGACAUCCAAGCCAUCCUCCUCGAUCUCCUCGACGCCCGCACCAUUCUGAUCGGCCACUCUCUCGAGUCCGACCUCAAGGCCAUCAAGCUUACCCAUCCUUUCAUCAUUGAUACCUCCAUCAUCUUCCCCCACCCCCGCGGCCCCCUCUCAAACGCUAAGGCCUGUCUCGACCUGACGCGGCAAAAGUGCGAAAAGGGCAAGGCUUGGGGCGAGUUCGAGGGAGGCGGCGAGAAUCUUUUCCGGCGCCUCGCGCGUGCCGGCCUCUCCUCGCACAAUAGUAAUAACAACAAUAAUGGCACCGCGGCGGGAUCCUCCGAGCCUGCGCGGACAAGCGCCGCCAUUGACUGGGGCGAGCCGGGCAAGGGGCCCGGCGGAGGCGCGACGCACUCUCUCAGCUGCAAGAGCGACGAGGAGGUCACCGAGGCCGUCAUUCGCGCCGUCCAGGGCGACGCCGACGGCGCCGAGAUCCGCGCGGGCGGCGUCGACUUUGUCUGGGCGCGCAUGCGCGAGCUCGAGGCCCUGCGCGGCCACCUGUACAUCGGCAACGGCGCCGCGGGCUCCGAGUCGCCCCUCGAGGCGUGCGUGCGGCACCUCUCGGCGCGGAUGCAGGCCCUCCGCACCACAUGGCGGCAAGAGUACAACACCCCGGGUAGCAAGUGGGAUGAUCUCAGCGUCAAGUGGACCGAUACGGAGGAGCAGGCGCUCAAGAAGGCGGUCAAGAAGGCGCGCGACGGCGUUGGUUUCGUCACGGUCAAGUAA